UCAGUGGAUUCAGAACGAGGCUCGACUUCAAAACACCAGAACGUUGUCUGAGUUGCUUGUAUGUUUCUUUUAUCUGCGAUUACCACAAAAUAUCAGCCAUUUAUUUUAACUAUUGACGUUUUAUUCACGGAAUCAAGGGAUUGAAUGUCCUGUAGGAAGAAAGGAUUACUCACUUAAUGGGUGAAUACUAAAACCAAGCUUUAAGAAAUCUUCCAAUACAUAUAUUUACUUAUGGUUACGACUGAUCUGUUGGACAUAAUGGAGAGGGGACACGCCUUGAAAGAUGCAAUUUUGGAUGGAGAUAUCGGCAAAGUGAAAGAGCUAUUGGAUCUUAAAACUUACGAUCCCAACGAACAGACUAAUUCCGGUAAAACGGCCCUGCAUCUUGCAGCCAUACGUGGGUAUUCUGAAAUAAUCGAACUUCUUCUCAACCAUGGUGCCAAUCCGAAUAUAAAGGACCGUAAUGGAAAUACUCCGUUGCAUUGGUGUGGUCACAUAGAAAGCACCGAUUUAUUGGUAAGCCACGGCGCAUCUUUAUCUAUCAGGAAUAAAAUGCACAAGACACCAAUUCAGUUAGCUGAACGGCGUGGCGUACCAAUUGAGGUUUUAAACCACAUGAUCAAACUGUGGAAGUUACAAGAGAAUGAUGAAACAGCGUCAAUCGACUCAGAGAAGGGUUACUAUGGGCAAACCCUGUUUAUGGAUUUCUGCAAUGGUGUUGGAGUGAAAGUGUUCUCCCUUGUAGUAUUGAUUCUCCUUGUCUGUUCCUUGUAUAUCGCAUACUCCGUUACAGGUCUAGCUCACCAUGAGAAGCGUAUCCUUAUUGACUCAACUAGUAGUCGAGUUGAACUUUAGUAAUGUUACAUGUAUACAUAUAGCACAUAUGUCAAUACAUAUAUAUAUGUCUAUGCAUACAUACACACACACAUUAUAUAUAUAUAUAUAUAUAUAUAUAUAUAUGUGUAUGUAUACAUACAUACAUUAUAAGAUUCGUAUUGACUGGAACUUUUAAGUUUCGCUUGGUGGCUUAUUCAACCAGUGACUCUGUUCUCAGUACAGAGUGCCUCUAGCAGUAGAUGUGUUGUUAUUCUUAAACUUGCUUUAAAAUAAUAACCUUCAUUCAACAUUGUGCACAUACACACUCAUAUAUAUAUGUAUAUAUAUAUAUAUAUAUAUAUAUACAUAUAUGUGUGUGUAUAUACAUAUAUAUAUUUGUACAUAUGAGAUGUAGUUACAUGCUCUACAAAUGUAAGGUAUUACUCAUCCAUCUUAUAUAAAGAUACUGGCUACAUUUAAAGUUUUUUUUUGUUCUUUUGAACUCAAAGCAGCACCAAUUCCUCGUAGCAACAGCUUUAGCUUUAAAUGAAAGUAUAUGCACGUAAUACAUGCAUGCAUAUCAACCUAAAACUAUUAAUAUACAACAAAUACAAACAAAGCAAAUGUUUCAUAAAUUUCAAGCUAAUAAGGAAAGAAAUUUCCGUUCAAAGAAUUUUAAUAAAUUGAAAAAAGUAUUUAAACUGAAAUUAAAUAUGGUGAUUUAACAGUUCAAAUAAAAUUUGAACUGUUGAAAAUUUAUUCUUCUUCAAUAUUUAUUUCAAUUUUAGACCAUGUUUUAUGAUUACACUUUGGUUUAUGAAAACAUGUUUUAUAAGCACAUAGUCAAAAACCUACAAAAUAUAUAUAUAUAUAUAUAUAUAUAUAUAUAUAUAUAUAUAUAUAUAUAUAUAUACAUGCUCAAAUAAACACACUAUCAAAUACAUAUAUACACACUCACAAACCACUCAACAUUUUAUACACCUUUUCUUUCACCUGCUGCUCACCUUGAUACCUUUGCCAUCUAUUUCUCCUCCUCACCCUCUCUCUUUACAUAUAAAAAUAGUCACUCAAUCCACCCCAUUUCUACCACCACCACCACUUGUCUCGUUUUUUUUUUUAUUAAUUUUCUAGUCCUUCCUCACUUCGUUUAUUCUUUACCUUAGUUUUUAUUAUUGUUGCACUUGCUAUCUAAGUGACAUCAUGUCCAUCACUAUCGUGAUGUGAUUGUGAUAUCCAAAACUGAUGUGACUCAAGUUGAAGAGCUGUGCACAGACACAUGUAUUUCUUUGACAUAGAGAGAAUCUCUACAAACUGUCACACACGCACAUGCAUGCAUGUGUACAUGAUUGUGAUUGUGUGAAUAUAAAAACUAUUGGCAAUCUCUAGAUAAAAGAUGUGGGUAACAAACCAAUAAUUAAUAAUUGGUUUGAAAUGAAUGAGUGCCAAUGGUUACUAUGAAAAAACUACAUGAAAAAUAUGGACCACAUGUGUUUGGUUUAACAUGUACAUCAUGUAGAGGAUAUUUAUUUGUAUGGAGCUGGUGAUUCACUCUAUGACUACUCAGAGUUUCUCUAACAAUGCAAUUCUUCAGGUGACUGCAAAUGUAUUUGUUAUCGCCCAAAGUAUUCCAUCAAACAAGAAAAACUUUGUCACAACACAGUAAAUCGCCAGAUUCAUAUAUAUAUAUAUAUAUAUAUAUAUAUAUAUAUAUUUACUAAUACCAAACAGCGAGAAUGAGUACUCAACACCGCUUUGGUGGAUAAAUAUUAUUUGUUAGUUAACAAAGCUACCAAUGGUUUCAUGCAGAUAGAAGUCUCUCAACAAUUAUCAAGCCUGCCACAUGAGAACAUUGUUACCCAUCUCCAUCUUGGAGACAAGUACCAACAUUCCUAUGAGGCAGGUUCACUAAUUGAAAAAUUUCUCUCUCUGCAUGAAACCAUUGGUAGCGUUAUUAACCCACAAAUAAAGUGAAUAUAUAUACAUAUAACAUGUCAGUCUAAUAUCACUGCUUCAAUGAAUAGGCUGUAUUUGUAUUCUAUGCUAUAUUAAAUUAUUCUUUAUUCAAAUA